CAGAGUCAGUGGACAGCUCCGUGGUGCUGAAACAACACUUACUCGCACACCAAAAACACUGACCAAGAAGACAAGCAGCAAUGGAAAGAGUUUCGUGGACACUUUUUCUGCUUUCUCUCACAUACCUGGAGGGAUCUUCGCAAGAGUUCGCACAGACCCAGUUCAUCUGUACGUCAGUGCCCAAGGAUAUGGACCUGUGUGCAUCCACUAUGCAGAACAGUGGACCGGCUGAUGAUCUGAAGACCACCGUAAUGCAGUUAAGAGAAACAGUUCUACAGCAGAAGGAAACAAUCAUGAACCAGAAGGAGACGAUCAGGGAAUUAACUUCUAAGUUGAGUCGGUGUGAGAGUCAAAGUGUUCUGGAGCCCGUGGCUGGAGGUCGGAGGAAAGAACCGGGCAAGAACACGAUGGGAGACGUGUCCCGCGGGCCGACCGAUACUCUAGCCCAACUCGGUCAGACUUUAGCCACCCUUAAACAGAGGCUAGAAAACCUUGAGCAAUACAGCAGGAACAACGGCUCUGUACAGGCGAACAGUCUUAAAGAUCUGCUGCAGAAUAAGAUCGAUGACAUGGAAAAGCAGGUGCUGUCCCGGGUCAACACUUUAGAGGAAAGCAAACCCGGGCAGAAGAACGAUACGGAUCCGCGCAAUCGAGUGGAAUCAACACUCACCUCUUUACAUCAAAGAAUUAACGACCUGGAGAAAGGUUCAAAAGGUAAUUGGCCACUGGACAAGUUUCAGAUAACAUUACCUUUACGAACAAAUUACAUGUAUGCAAAAGUGAAGAAAAGUCUACCAGAAAUGUAUGCCUUCACUUUCUGCUUAUGGAUAAAGUCCAACGCAUCACCUGGUGUGGGAACACCCUUCUCCUACGCUGUUCCUGGACAGGCCAAUGAGCUUGUACUCAUAGAAUGGGGCAACAAUCCAAUGGAGAUCCUUAUAAACGAUAAGGUUGCAAAGUUACCUUUUGUCAUAAAUGACGGUAAAUGGCAUCACAUCUGCAUCACAUGGACAACUCGUGAUGGCGUAUGGGAGGCGUUCCAGGAUGGUGUGCUGCGUGGACAUGGAGAGAAUCUGGCCCCCUAUCACCCGCUCAAACCCAACGGAGUACUGGUCUUAGGUCAGGAACAGGACACACUUGGUGGGGGAUUCGAUGCAACCCAAGCCUUUGUAGGUGAACUGGCAAAUUUCAAUGUAUGGGACAGAAAACUGUCACCUGGGGAGAUCUACAGCCUGGCAACCUGCAACAACAGAGCACAAGCUGGCAAUGUGUUGUCAUGGUCGGAGAGUAAUAUCGAUGUGUUUGGUGGAGCCACUAAAUGGACUUUCGAGCCCUGUCGUCAGCUCAACUGAACUGCAAUGGGGACAAAGCCAAUUCCAGAUCCUUGUUUCUAGUUUUUGUCUUUCUUGUCCUCAGUUAAAAGUUUGUGAAGAAAAAAAAAAAACAUUACUUGAUUAAUUGAUUUAAAGGUAAGAGUAAACCUGGGGUUUCUUUGAAUACCUGAGUAUUUCUGUGCAAAACAAACAUUUUAUAAAAAAAAUUCCUGUUGGUUGUCUUGCAAAUCUCAAAGUGACAGUGUUACUACAGAUCAGUUUAAUUACAUUUUCCUUUCUUUUUUCUUUUUUUGCACACACUUGUUAAUUUGCUUAGUUUUUAUUCAUAUUUUUUUCCUGGGCCAGCAGCUGGAAAACUGUUUCUUUGCAAUGUUUUAGAUAGUAAAUCAACAGUGCAUCAGAACAUUACUCUUGAGUUUUCCCCACAUUGUGACCACUGAUGAGGCCGAUCACAAAUCACCACCAUAUAAAAUCACAAACAAGACAGUUGAUUUCAUAUCUGCACUUAAAGGUUCCCCACGCUCACCGGAGUUUGCACUGUGAUGGACAAGAAAAUGAGUGUUUUAUUUGUUGAUGGAUGGUAAUAUUUCAGGGCACUUCCUGUAUUUGUUCCCAGUGAUCUAACCAAUGUAUCUGUAUGAAUGUCAUUCAGUUGCUUACAGCCUGAGUGCCUUGAGCUGAUGCAUCAGUUCAGCACAUGCCUUUAGUUUGCCUACUCUUUGUGUUACGCUUUAAAUUUUUGCUUUAUUUGAUGAAUUGUUGUUCUUAUUUCAACAGCGAUUGUUAAGGCACUGGUGUGUUUUAGCAGGUGUUUGUACUCUGUUCUAGGAAUGUUAUUCGUACAGUAACAGCAUGAAAUUACCAAAUGCUGCACAUCAGUGCUGACAUCUGCUUCACCUAUUGUUUUGGGUCGGGUUUUCUACUGUAUUGAUAUAUGCUGAAAGCAUGGCACUAUUUAAAAAUGAUAAAGAUCUAAUUUUUGUAAUAAAAUUGUGAUAUAUAUAUAUAUGAAUAACA